CUCCGCCCCGUUGCGGAACACCGCGGAACCAGUCGCUGGGUCGUUUGCCGUGACCCGUGGGUCAGGACUCUCCCUUGAUGGCCAAUCACCACGGCUUGGUCCCUCGAGAACGUCCUCGCUGCGUCGUAGCCGGCUGCCCGACACCGUUGGCGGCCAUGAUGGUAACAUCGCUAAUCUGUUUGACAACGUUGUCGUACACGCCUUGCUGGAUGUGUCCCUGCAGCACGUUUCCGUCUACGCCGCGCGUCGAGCGAUUCUAGAGUUGUUGGAGCUAACGCGCGAGACGGAAGAGCACUGGAGCCAUGUCACACGCGUCGUCAGCUUUCGCCAGCACGCCUCGGAUAGCUCGGGAUCCGAAUCAGACGACGACGCGGAUGGAAUCGGCGCAGCAGCAGCGGCAGAUGAUCUGGACGGUUUCGGGGCGGCGUUUUUGGACCCGCAGGUGUUGCGGCUCAUGGGGCCGAAUGGAAUGGCGGCGGCGGUUGCGGCAACCUCCACAGGAAUGACGGGACUGCCGAGGACUGCAUCUGCCGGUGUGGGUGAUUUGGCGGGCGGUCGAGCGGCCGCGGCGGGCCGUUCUUCGGUGGAAUGGCGCCCCGUUGGCGGCGACGGCGGUGUCCCGAAACCCGCCGACGAAGCUCGAGGUGGCGGCAGGUGCCCAGCGAUGUUGUAUCACUACCAUCAGUAUCACUACUACCACCACAACCACCACAACCAUCAGCAGCAUUAUCACCAGCACCACCACCACCAUCGGGCGACUGCUGCCGGCGGGAGGGCUCGACGUGAGGGCACCACGGCGACGGCCGGCACGGGCCUGGCAGAUGACGUGGGCAAAGCACUGCCGGCGUGGCUGCCGCUGUGCUGUCUAACGCUGCGGGUUGCGAAGGCGGCGGCUGUGCUUUACACCGACGUGCAGGGCUAUGACUUGCCGCUCUUCGAAGCCGCAAUCUCACCUCUCGAAGUACAACUCAAGCUCAACGCGCUCGGAGAUGCAGCCGGUGCUGCUGACGACGCAACAGGCGACAGCACCGCUGCUGGAUCUGAUGCUGCAGAGGCUGCUUCGGGCCCGACGACCCGCAGGGAGCGAGGCCACAGUCCGGCCUCGGCGCCAUCCGUUGCCGCCGCCGCGGCGGCGGCAGGCGCUGCCGCGGCGCCACCUGCCUACGCGCGGCACCUCUUCCCGCCCGACAAAGGCCCAGCCGGUCCCGCAUCCGCCCCAGCAGGCGCAUGCGACAACGUCCCGACAGCAACAGCUGAUCCGGGAAUGAUGACAACACCGUUUGCGCGGCUGUCCGCCGCCACGACGCUCAGCAUGCCCAACCGGCAACAUCGUGUGGUGGGUGCUGUCGCCGCGGCGGGAGCUGCGACGGCGACGGCGGCACAGGCACGUGCGCUGGCGGCUGGCGGCGGCGGCGGCGGCAACGGAAGCACCGCGGCGACGCCGUUGCCGGUGUGUUCCAUGCAGGUCGUGUUGGAUGCGACGGUGAUGUUGGACGUUUACAACCUGGAGAAGCUGGGUUGGGAGCCCGUGGUAGAGCCUUGGGCGGUGCAGGCGCUGUACAUUGGCCGCCAGCUAGCUGCGGCGUCCUCCACCAUGCUCCCCGCCGCCGCUUCCUCGCCGCCAGGCGCCCUCACCUCAACACCCUUGGCGCCUAACCCGCCGCGACACUCCCUCAGUCUCACCACCAACACCCUGCUGGAAGCCACCCUGUCGCCUGGCCUCAUCCCUGCUGCGCGAGCGGCCAUGCAGCUUGCAGACGAGCUUGAGCACGUGUUUGCCGUACGGCAGCAGCGACAGCAACAGCCCGCUGACGGCGGCGUCGCCGCCGCCGCUGCUGCUGCUGUGCCGCCGCCGCCAGUACCGAGUCAUGUGAGCAACGGUCAGUGGCCAUGGUUUGUCGUCGCACCGACGACGACGACGAUGUCUCCCAUGCCUAUGCCGACGCCAAGCACUGUCGCAGCGGCCGCCGCCGCCACCGCCAUGGCACCGGGCGGCCCAUCGCCUCCGUCCAUGCCUGAUCCUACCUGGCAUCCGCCUCCGCCUCCGCCUCAACAACCUCAACCAACACGCUCGGGGGCGUUACCACGCGUUUGGCUCCAGAACCGCCUUGGUCAGCCUGCGAGCUUCAUGACCCUCGGACUGUUGCCGCGCUCGCAUGCGGCCCAGCUGUUCAUGACGGCCAAAGCUGCUAACGGUGUUGCGGUGGAGGGCAGCGGCGUGGUGGCUAACGGUGCGCUGGUGGUUGUGGAUUCGGUUCAGUUGGCGCAACGGCAGUUUGUUGGGCGGCAUGUCUCCAAUCACCAACCGCCAACCGCUCUCGCUGAUGGCAACGAACCGUAUUACGGCUCGUUGUACGACGACACGUCGGCAUCGUCACCAUUCAGCAGCUCUGGCUUGACGUCACGCGGCAUCGGCUUGGGUUCUUACGACGGCGGCAGUCGCAGCGGCGGCGGGUUGUACUUCCGAUUCAACGACCACAACGGCAUUGUGUUAGGACCCGUGCCGUACAACGCCUCCGCCGGGUCUCGUUUCUACUUCCCGCUGCCGCUGGCCACCCCGCGACAUGUUGUCAUGCACCGCGGCACCCCAUGGGCCCCCGCGGCGGCGGCGGCUCCGGCGGAACUUCGAGUGGUGUGCGAAGUACGACCGCAUCAUCUUUGCAGUCGCCGUCUGGAUAUUCGUACGAAUGUACGACUGAGGAACGACAGCGGCUUGUGGCUUGCUGUUGGCGAUUGGGCGCUCCGGGAUGCGUCUGCUCCGAAUGCGGGCGGCAACGCUGCAUGGAGCGAUGUUGAGACUCAAGGUGCCCGUAACUCGGUUAUGCUGCAUACACUUGCUCCCGGCGGUGCUGUCUGGAUGUCAAGCGGGCUGCUUCAAAACAUGCCGGCGGUCCUAACCGUACGAACGGCGGUAGCACGUGGUGGCGACGGCGGUACGGCAGUUAGGUCGUACAGCGUGGGGUACGGCGGCGGCGGCGUUGGCGGCGACAUGACGGAUAUGGCUACCGGCAAGGUGGUUGACGAAGGCAACGGUAGCGGUAACGGCUACAGCGGUGGCGGCGGCGGUGGCGGUUGCGAGCAUGCCGCCAUGUCCUUUAGUGCGUUCUACGAACAGCAUCAGCAACAACAACAGCCGUACUCGCAGCCUCAUUCGCCGCAGCUUUGGAGUGAAUGGAGCAUUCCGCUGGACCUGACGUCGAUGCUUUCCGACGCCGUCGCCCUGCAACAACAUGCCGCGGCCGACGGCUCGGCCGACGGCGGCAGCGCUGCCUCUGCCGCUUCCCUCGGCGUCGUACGGCGGUUAUACUGCGUGUUGCCUCAGCCAUCUGAAGGCAGCGCUGGCGGCGGCGUCGGCGGUGACGUCCCUGGCGCCUGUCACCUGAUCGCCCACCUAGCACCGGUGGGCUACAACAGCAGCGCCGCUGCCGACGGCGGGACAUGGGAAAGGCCGGAGUGGGAACUCACGCUAAUGGCGCCUGUGGUGGUCCGCAACGAUCUGCCGGUUCCCGCACGCUUCUCCCUGCAGGCUUACAGCGGCUUGGGUGGCGCCGCUGCCGCCGCCGUCGCCGUCAGCGCGAGCUCCGCCCCGGAGUUGCGCGAGUCCUUGAACGCGCUGUCUUCCGUACAUCUGCACGCCUUCCCAGCCCACCGCCUGGUUGGUGUCUCAUGCAGACCCGUGGGUUACGCUUGGAGUUCGGCCCUGAUGGUGUACGGCAUGCAGUACGCCGGCGGCGGCGGCGGCAGCGACGGCGACGAUCCCGAGUUUGAGCCGUUACAUCCAGGGCUUGAGCAAGCGUCGACGGGUGGAGCAUGGGCAAGCAGCGGCAGCGUGCACGGCAGCAGCAGCGGCGGCCGAGGUGUGCUAGUGCCGUACUGCGAGGCGGCGGUAGCGGUGCGUGCCACGCAGCCAGGGCUGCAAGACCUGCUGCUGAUGCUGCGUACAUGGCGGCACCGACCCACGGGUCAGGUACGCUUGGAGUUGAGCUGCCCAGUCUGGAUCUACAACUGUCUGGGCCUGCCGGUGCAGCUACGACCUACUGCUCGUCUGCGCGCCGCCGACAUGGAUAAUGGUGGCGGCAACGGCGGCGGCGCUGAAGACCUCGGUGGCGGCGCCGACAGCGGAGGAAGGCUCCUCGGCGACAGCACCUCCGCCACCUCCUGGGUGCCUCCCUGUCUGUCCCUGAGCGGCGCACCGACGCAUGCAGCGGCCGCUGGCCCUUGUACGUCACAGCUAGCGGCGCUGCAGGCCGCCGCUGGGUUGCUGUCCGCCGCCGCGGCACGUGCCCUCGAUCCGCAUGCGGCGCUGCUUGACGCUGCCAGCAGCAGCGGUGGCGGCGGCGGCGCCGCCGUCUCCGCUACGAUCCGUUCUAGCAGCAGCGUACGUUCGUAUCGUUCCCUGGGCGGCCAUACCGUGGCAUCGUCAGCACGCAGCGGUGGCUCAGGCCUUGGAGGCGGCGCCGCCGCCGCCGGCGGCGCGCUGGACGCGGGCGGACCCAGCGGCGGAGGUGGCGGCGCGUAUGGCGUUCACCUGGCGGGACUAGCGGAGCUGACGCCGCGGCUGAGUCCGCUGACGUCAUCGCCGCCGCCGCGGCAGCAGCAGCAGCAGCAAUACCCACAGCAGCAUUCGUCGCAGCGCCCCAGGGGGAUGUCCUACCAGCACCAACAGCCGCAGCAGCAGCAUCCGCCACAGGGGGUGCUGUCACGCCAUGCUAGCUUGGACUACUCCUCCAGUGCGGAUCCUUCCCUUAGGGCAGCUACCGGUGGUGGCGGCGGCGUCGCUACCUCGGGCGGUCCUUCGCAACGGCGCCGUUUGGGCAGCUUGAGCAGCCGAGCUGCUCCUGCCACACCUGCCCGAUCCGUCGCGACUGAUUUCCGCCCGGGCGGACAACGGCAUUGCCAUCAGCAGCAACAGCAACAGCCGUCCGUACCAUAUCACGUUGAGGCUGCUGCUGCCGCCGCUGGCGACGCCGCGUUUCACCACGCUGACGCCAGCGGUGGCGGCUGCCCCUCCACAUCCGCUGCCUCCGCGUCUGGCUUCGCCUUCGCCUCCGCCGCCUCGCAUCAUCCUCCCGCUCGCUCCGUAUCGCCCUUCAGCUCCGCCGGCGGUGGCUUUGCCGCCGCCACCGCCAGCGUCGGCGGCGGCGACAUCCCGGGCGGUCCCCCUUGCGGUCUGCAGCCUUGCAUGUACGGCAAUAUGCCGGUCGGAUUGGGUCAAAUGGAGCUGUCCGUGUGGCCUGGGAGCACCGGUGCAUGGUCGGGUCCCGUGUGGCCUGAUGUGGACGGUUCGCCGGUGCAUAUCGUGCUGCCAUGCCCGUUGCCGGACAACGACGGAGGGAUCUACAGCGGCGCCGGCGGCGGUGGUGGCGGCGGCGGCAACGCAGCGCCGUCGCCGUCGGGUGCGGCCGUUAGGGGCAUGCAUGGCAAGGGAGGCGGCGCCGGCGGCCGUCCUGCUUUCCAUGUGGUGGUUCGGUUGGCGCGUGUGGCGGUGGGGGCGGGUACGGCGGCUGACGUCAGCGUCGUACGAUCGGUCGCGCUGCACAUGCUGCCGCGCUAUGUGGUGCACAACGGCUUGUCGGCGGCUGUGCAGAUUCGCCAGCAGGGCACCUCCCACCCAGCCUCCCUGGCGCCCGGCGAGCGGCGGCCCGUGCACUGGGCGGACAUCGGGUUGCCCCUGCGGCUGCAGAUCCGGAUCCAGGAUCCAGGCUGGUCCUGGGCGGGUGGAGUGGCGCUGGAUUCGGUGGCUCCGGGAGACUUGUUCGUCAAGAUACGGCACCGCAACCGCGCCGAGACUCAGCUGGUGCGACUGGACGUGAGCCUGAGCGAGGCGGGCACCAAGCUGGUCAGCCUUAGCCACCACCACACCGACUUUGCGCCAUACAGGAUUGACAACUGCUCCGGCGAGGCGCUGCAUGUGCAGCAAGUGGGCUGUUUGGACCAGGAGGACGUCAUCCGGCCGUACGCUUGCCUGCCGUACACUUGGGACGAGCACACGGCACCGCAGCGGGUGCUGGUGUCGCUGCCGGGGAGGAGGCGGCUGGGAGAGUUUGAGCUGGAAAAGGUGGGCCACUCAGCUGAUGUUUCAGUCGUCGCGUCCCAAACCGGAGGUCGCGGUCGGAAGACCCUCCGCGUCACAGUCACCGCGGACGGCCCCACUCGAGUGCUGCGGGUCGUCGACACGACGGUGCACCCCACAGGCGCGUUUCCACCCCAACCGACCCGUGGGUCAUCAUCCGCCUCCUCCGGCGCCGCAACGUCUGCAUCCUCACCGCCGAAGCGACGCGGCCGCCCAUCCAGCGGCCAGGGUUACAACCCCCACGCACAAGGCACCGCACAGGCUCGCGGGGGUUCCUCUGUCACGAGUGGUGCGGCAACAGCUGCCGGCGCUGACGCUGCCGGCGGCGGCGGCGAGGAAUGGCAGAUCGAGGUAUCCGCAGCCGUGGCGGGUGUGGCAGUCAGUGUGGUUUCGGAGCGGGCGGAGGUGCUGUACGCGCUGUUGCAGGGACUGCAUGGAAGCCUGCUGGUGGGGCCUGCCAAGGUAGCGGCGACUGCAGCGCUUCAGCAUGUGCGGUGGGACAACUGCCUUCGCGGCGCGGUGUUCCCGAUCAUGGUCUACAGUCCCGUGGGUCGGUCCAUGUUCAACACGGCAGUGCUGCUGCCGGCACCGCCGCUGCCAGCGUCGGCGGCGACGGUCAGUGGCCGGUCGCCGUACGGUUCUGGAUCUGCCGGAGCCCUUGUUCGUCGCUCGGGAGCAGGAGGCAGUGGCGGUGGCGGCGUAUCCCAGAUGAGAGGCUCUAGUCCGGGAGAUGCGGGACAGAGCGGCGGCCGGGCCGGGGGGCCGGCGGCGCCGCCGCCGGCGCUGGCCGGUCGUCUGGUGGUGUGGCGGAAUCGGCCUGGCGGCGUUACAUGCGUUCAACAUGCAAGCCUGAGUACGGCACCGUUAGCGGUUAGUGUUGAGGAGACACACUUACGGGAGCUGUUAGGCCUGGCAUCACGUCUCGUGGCCGCGGCGACGGCGGCGACGGCGGCUGAUGAAGCCGACGACGACGGUGAAUGCGGUCUGCCGCCGACACGACUCGUCCCUGGUUGCAGCGGCGGCGGCGGUGUCCGCCAGUCGCUGACGAGUAAUGGCAUGAAGGACCUGUAUGGCAGCGCCGGAACUCGCCUGCCGUACGAACCUGACUUGACGCUGCUACGGCCCGCGUCGCCGUCCAGCCAGUGGGCGAGUGGCGGCGGCGGCAGCAGCGGCACCACCACCGAAGCCGGCGCCGUGCGAUGGGCCGCUGGCGGCGGCGGCGGCGGCGGCCGCCGCGCCGGGUCGUCAUGCUCGGCUAAUGAGCCGCGGCGGCAGCGACUGCCGCCAGUGCUACAGUCGCCUGCCACAGCGACCCCGUCGGAGCUACGUCGCGGCGGUGGCGGCGGCAGCCGAGCGCGGCAUGAGCUGUUCGGUGAGCCGCCGUCACUGACGCCGCAUGCGGGCGCAUCCGCUGAUGCGGAUGAUGACGACGGCGGCGCCGCAGCUCCGCCGCCGCCGCCUCGCAGCCGCCGGCUGUACAUUGAGGAGCUCCACAUCGGUGAAAUACGGAUCUCCGCAUCCUUCGCUCCAACACCGUACGGCGCCAGGUAUGCAGCCGCGUCGUCUUCCGCCGGCUGCGGCGUCGGCGGCCGCAGUGCCGGCGGCGGCGGCGACGGAACCACUGGCGGCGCCGCCCCCGCCGACGGCGGUAACGGCACCGCUGGUGGUGGCAGCGGUGGCGGCGGCGGACUGGUGGAUAGCGCCGUACGGCUGCUGGUGUCGCUGGCGCACCUGGAGGGCGCCUGGGUGGUGCUGAGGCCGCUGGAUAUGCGGUACACGCUGAUGCGGGAUGAAGCCCUGGUGCAGAACAUGCUGCGUCACUACAUGACCUCGGCGCUGCUGGAGCUGGUCAAGGUAGUGGGCUCGCUGGACAUAUUCGGCGACGUGGUGCGGCUGCUGCAGGCGCUGGGAGUGGGUGUAUGGCACCUCAUCAGCAUGCCGGUGGCGGGGGCGCUGCGCGGGGACGUGGUCAAGUUCGCGGCGGGGCUGGCGGGAGGCGUGGGCAGCAUGGUGCGCAACGUCACCUACGCCGCCAGCAACAGCGUGGUCAAGGCCAGCCGGCGGGCUCGUACGACACUGUCAGGCCUCACUCCGGAACCUGUACGGCAACCCACGGCUGUCGCUGGUGGUGGCGGCGGCAGUGCUGGCGGCGGCGGCAGCGGCGCUGCUGGGGCCGGCGGAGGUGGCGGCGCGCUUGGAGGUGCUGGCGGCGGGAGCCGCGGUGACGGCAUUAGCGGUGGCGGCGGUCAGGGUAUGCCGUACAAUCGGAGCAGUGGUGGCGGUGGCGGUGCUGGUGGUGCCGUCGUCGGAGGGCGCGGGGGAGCUGCCGGCGGACAGCGGGACCUGCUGCUGUCCACCUGGGAGGGCUACGCGGCCAUCCUUCAGCGUGUGGCCACCCAGGCCAGUCGGCUCAGCCCCCGGGGCACCGCUCGGGAGCUGCUGCUGGGAGGGUUGGGAGCAGUGGCCCUCCCCACCAUGGCAGUUCUACAGCUGGUGGAAGUGGCUGCCACCUCCCUGCGAGCCGCCGUGUCUCCCCACGCGCACGGCGCCUACGCAUACGGCCGCAGCGGCUACAGCAGCUAUGGCGCCAGCGGCAGCAGCAGUGGUGGUGGUGGUGGUGGUGGUGGUGGUGGUGGGUUUGUGCGGCCGCGUGUCCCCCGCUAUGUGGAUCCGGACGGAGCGCCGCUGCAGCGCUACUGCUGGCUGGAGUCGCUGUGUCGGCUGCUGCAGCGGGAGGUCCGGGGCGGGGCGUUUGCGGGGGAGGCGUACGUGGGUGGAGUGCAGAUCACGGAAUCCGCGUUCGCCGUCGUAACGCUGCGACACCUGCUGGUGUGCUGCUCGCGUCCCGGCUGCGGUGGCGGCUUGGGCAGCAGCAGCAGCGGCUCCUCCUCCUCCUCCUCGGUAGCUCACCCCUGCGAGCUGGCGUUGCGACUGGUGGUGCCUCUGGAGGGGCUGGUGCUGGCCUCGCUACACCUCUCACCACCGCCACACUACCAGCAGCAGGGGCAGCAAUUCCAGGCUCAAGGGGCAGGGGAGUUCAGACCGGUAGUGUCAAUCGCGCACAUGCGGCCGGACGCUCCACAGCAGCUGCAGCGGUCCGCACAUCAUCACCACAGCCAGAGCCGCCAUGGGUUUGGACAGGUAGGCGGAGGAGGAGGAGGGCUGCGGGUACGGCAGCAGCAGCAGCAGGGUCCUGCGGCAGCGAGUGGUACGACAGCAGCGGCGGCAGCAUCCACGCGCAUGCAGCAGCGGACGUCAGGUGGUGGUGAGGCUGGCGAUGGGGGGUGUGCUGCAGCUGCGGCCGGCAGCAGGGGGACCAGCAUGGGCAGUGGCGGCAGCUGCGGCGGCGGUGGUGGUAGCGGCGGCGCAGGAGGAGGAGCAGGAGGAGGCGGAGCUGCUUGCUCGCCUUCCACGCCGUCUCGCAGCAGCAGUAUUGGCGGAGGUGCCGGCAGCGGCGGCGGUGGAGGAGCCGAGGGUGGUGCUAAUGGUGGUGGUGGCGGAGGUGGUGGCUUCGCCGCUUUGCUAUCUGUGGGCUACCGACCCGCCUCCUCACCUCAGCACAGCACUGGCAGUGCCGGUAGCCGCGGUGGUGGCGGGGGCCUUGACUCCCCGGCGCCUUCCUCACCUGCCUCAACCGCAUCCGCUGCAACCACCGCAACCACCACAGCAACCACCACCGCCGGGGUAGGACAUCACCACCCUCAUCCGCUCCCCUUCUCACCUUCCUCCUCGCCUCCGCUGCUGUUCAGCCGGGGAGGAGACAGCCUAUCAGCAGCUGCUAAAGGCGAGGGGUACGGGGAGGAGGAUGAGGAGGAGGGCGAGGGCGGGGAGGAGGGCCGCCAGCCGCCGGCGUCGCCCUGGCUGUGUGUGACAACGUUGGAGUUUGGGAGCGAGCUGGAUGCGGGCAGGUUGGUUGCGUUGUUGGAGGAGGUACGGCGGUGGUAUGAGGAGCGGCGGCGGCAGAGCAGCGGAUGCAGGAUGAUUGGGUUCUAGUACAGUGGUGGUUUAGUAUGAUGGUCUAGUAACGUGAUGGGAUGAGGGAUGCGGUGCUGGCUGCUGAUUACUGGUACUGGGGUGCGUGUGUUAGGCAUGAGUGAGGUGUUGGGGUGUGAGAAGGCAUAAGAACUGUGCUUGCCUGCGUGUGUGUGUUUUGUGUCUUAGGUUUGCGUUGCUCCUCGAUCCUUCCGUUGUGCCGCGAGGGAAUAUGCGAGUGGGAGCUGAUCCAGAGCAUGGAAGCGUGAGAGGUGCGUGUGUGCGUUCUCAGGUUGGCCAGGAGUUGCGUGACGUACAGGCUUGCUGGUGGGGGUUGUGCUCAGUUGCAUUGGGCGGUUGAAUGUGUUGCACCUGCACAGCUGUGUGUGGAGGGCAUAAGCAUGUGGACUUCCAAGCAAGUGGUGGUGGUGGUGCAGGUCAUGACACGAAAGGAACCCGUACUCGUGAGGGGCUGCCAGUGAGGGGCUAUCCGCAGGGGGUUCGGUGGGCAGUUGAAGGCUGUUAACGUUUAGGAAAGUGGGCAGCUAGAGCCGCCCGUAAGCAUCCAUGACCCAUGGGUCAAUACUGCUAUGGCGCUUGUGUUGAGUGUCCGUAGUGCAUAAUAGGACGUAGCAAAGAGAUUGUUUGGCAUGCGGCAACUGUCAUAAGCUGUGUUGGACGUCUUUCUGACCGUGCACUGUUCCGUGUGUAGCUGAUAAUGCAGCAAGCAAUGCUGGGCGAUGUUUGUGCCAGGCAUGUUAAACAGAAUGAACACUCAGAUUAAUCAAGACGUGUGUGCUCAUUUGCUUCUUCAUUGCCUGAAGGUAGCAGACGCGUGUGAUGCAUAUUGCUUGCAACAGAACUAGGUAGGCGGAGUGUGGUUUAGGUAGGUUAGGUAUGAUGCUCAUGACCACCGGUACAGCGGACUAGAUGCGCAGGUACGCAGGAAGAGGUGACAGUGCCUAGCGCUGCCUGAUGGCUCAUGCCUUUCACCAAUUUCACUAUCGUUGUUGUUGACUGUGCUUUGGUUGUGGCUCGUUGUGUUCGUUACCUUUUGAGUGAAGGACUCUCCUUUCAUCUCUUUUCCAUUUGAGUGAAGUUUGUCCGUGUGUGAGCAAUACGGUUAGCCGUGACUCUGCAGUGCAUUUCUGCUCUUAGCUAUAGCGCUGGGGUGGGGUCAGGUCAGGUCAGGUCAGGUACGGAGCAGAUGCUAGGCUUUCUCGGUGUGACGUCAACAACAUGGGGAAGCACGGUCAGACAUCGUUGCGUUCGGCCCAACCAUAGGACCUAUAGCCUCCUGCAAGCUCCACACAUAUGUAAGCGCAGACAUCUCAGAUAGACAAGACUCUACUGAACAACCCAUUUCACUUUGUAGCCCAAGUCUUCCGUUCACCACCUACCUCUUUUAAGAC